GGCGGGGGCCUGGGCCGGGCCUGCCUCUCGCUAUAAGCCGGCGGCCGCCGUGUGAUCCCCAUCACAUUGGAGUUCAGGAGCUUCUCCACCAGAGAGGGCUACAAGGACACCACCAACCCAUCAAAAAGCUGGCAGGCUGACACGGACGGGAAGCCUUUCACAGGACGGACUUUCUGGCAACUGACCAUUUAGCUGUGGCAUACCCGGACCUCGUGUACGUGGGAUAUCGACAAUGAGCUCCGUAGCAGUACUGACGCCUGAAAGCUUUGCUGAGCACAGGAGCGGCCUCAGUGAACAGCAAGCCAAAGCAAAUGUUGGUUCUGAAGAUGAGACUGAUGUAGUCCCGACCUACAAAGAAGCCUUCCCUCCUCUACCUGAGAAAGUUGUUUCUGUCGAGGCAGCAAACGAACCAGCUGGAGCAUGGACCAAAAUCCGACCACUUAAAUCUUCACUUAUCACUCAGGUCUUUCAUGUCCCUUUGGAAGAGCGCAAGUACAAGGAAAUGAACCAGUUUGGGGAAGGAGAGCAGGCCAAGAUCUGUCUGGACAUCAUGCAGAAGACCGGCGCACACCUUGAACUCUCAUUGGCCAAGGAUCAAGGUCUUUCCAUCAUGGUUUCUGGAAAACUUGAGGCUGUCAUGAAAGCAAGGAAGGAGAUUGUGGCAAAGCUUCAGACUCAGGCAUCAGCAACAGUCGCCAUCCCGAAGGAGCAUCAUCGUUUUGUGAUUGGAAAGAACGGAGAGAAACUGCAGGAGUUGGAACUGAAAACGGCAACAAAGAUCCAGAUCCCUCGGCCUGAUGACCCCAGCAACCAGAUCAAGAUAACUGGGACAAAGGAAGGAAUUGAGAAGGCUCGGCACGAAAUCCUGCUCAUCUCUGCUGAACAGGAUAAGCGUGCAGUGGAAAGGAUUAACAUUGAGAAGGUCUACCAUCCCUUCAUUGCCGGAGCCUUCAACAAGGUCUCUGGAGAAAUGAUGCAGGAGACGGGGACUCGAAUCAACAUCCCUCCUCCGAGCGUCAACAAGAACGAGAUUGUCAUCACUGGGGAGAAGGAGCAAGUAGCGCAGGCUGUAACUCGCAUCAAGAGGAUCUAUGAGGAAAAGAAAAAGAAGACCACAACAAUUGCUGUGGAAGUGAAGAAAUCUCAGCACAAGUAUGUUAUUGGUCCCAAAGGCAACUCCUUGCAGGAGAUUCUGGAGCGCACCGGAGUCUCAGUCGAAAUCCCACCCUCGGACAGCAACUCUGAAACCGUCAUCCUUCGCGGCGAACCCGAUAAACUUGGACAGGCUUUGACCGAGGUCUACGCUAAAGCUAAUAGUUUUACUGUGGCGACUCUGACCGCCCCAGCCUGGCUCCAUCGAUUCAUCAUCGGGAAGAAGGGACAAACCCUGAGCCGCAUCACCCAGCAGACCCCAAAGGUACACAUCGAAUUCACUGAUGGUGAAGAUAGGAUUAGUAUGGAAGGCCCAACCAAGGAAGUGAAACAAGUUCAGGAGCAGAUUCAACUUAUUGUGGAAGACCUGGUAAACCGCAUGGACUACACCGAAAUUACAAUUGAUCCCAAGUUUCACCGCCAUCUAAUCGGGAAGAGUGGAACAAAUAUAAAUCGUAUCAAGGAACUGUACAAGGUGUCUGUGCGAAUCCCUCCUGACAAUGAGAAGAGCAAUCUAAUCCGGAUUGAAGGAGACCCUCAAGGAGUUCGAUCUGCCAAGAAGGAGCUGCUAGAGCUUGCGUCCAGAAUGGAAAACGAACGCACCAAGGAUUUGAUCAUCGAGCAUCGCUUUCACCGGACAAUCAUCGGCCAGAAGGGAGAGAAGGUCAAGGAGAUACGUGACAAAUUCCCGGAGGUCAUCAUUAAUUUCCCGGAUCCAGCUCAGAAGAACGAUGUUGUUCAGCUACGUGGCCCUAAAAAUGAGGUUGAGAAGUGUGCCAAGUUCCUGCAGAAAGUUGUAGCUGAAUUGGUGGAGAACAGCUUUUCUGUUUCUGUGCCCAUCUUCAAGCAAUUUCACAAGAACAUCAUUGGAAAAGGAGGAGCAAACAUCAAGAAGAUCCGCGAAGAAACCCUUACAAGGAUUGAUCUACCGGCAGAGAACAGCAAUUCUGAGAUGAUUGUUAUUACAGGAAAGAAAGCCAACUGUGAAUUAGCUCGCAACCGGAUCCUUUCUAUCCAAAAGGAACUGGCAAAUAUCACCGAGGUUGAGGUUUGCAUUCCCGCCAAGCUCCAUAACUCUCUGAUCGGUGCUAAGGGCCGCUUUGUCCGCUCCAUCAUGGAGGAGUGUGGAGGGGUCCACAUACACUUCCCUACUGAAGGAUCGGGCAGCGACACUGUCACCAUUAGAGGGCAUACCGAGGAGGUUGACAAGGCAAAGAAACAACUGCUUCACUUGGCUGAGGAAAAGCAAAUCAAGAGCUUCACAGCAGAGCUGCGUGCCAAGCCAGAGUACCACAAAUUCCUGAUUGGCCGCGGCGGUGCUAACAUCCGCAAGGUGCGCGACAACACGGGGGCCCGGAUCAUCUUCCCCACAGCAGACGACCAAGACCAAGAACUGAUCACGAUUGUCGGUACAGAGGAAGCUGUCAAGGAUGCUCAGCGAGAACUGGAGAUCCUGAUCAAAAACCUGGAUAAUGUCAUCGAGGAUGUGAUGACUGUUGACCCCAAACACCACCGUCACUUUGUGGCGCGCCGUGGACAAGUAUUGCGGGACGUCGCAGAUGAAUAUGGUGGGGUGAUGGUCAGUUUCCCUCGUACCGGCACUCAGAGUGAUCGUGUGACACUGAAGGGAGCCAAAGAUUGUGUGGAGGCAGCCAAGAAACGCAUGCAGGAGAUCAUCGAGGACCUGGAAGCUCAGGUGACCAUUGAGUGUGUGAUUAACCAAAGGUUUCAUCGCAUGGUGAUGGGUGCUAAAGGCUUAAAGGUACAGCAGAUCACCAAGGACCACCUCGUGCAGAUCAAGUUUCCUGAGCGUGAGGAGAAUCCAGGGCCUGAGCUACAGCACGUACAUGAGAACGGAGAGACCAAUGGAGAAGUUAAAGUUGAUCCCACAGUCCCAAAGAAGAACGAUAUCAUUAUUAUUUCCGGAAGGAAGGAGAGAUGUGAGGCCGCUAGAGAUGCUUUGCUGGCCCUGGUUCCCGUUACUAUCGAGGUGGAAGUACCCUUUGACCUGCAUCGUUAUAUCAUUGGCCAGAAGGGAAGUGGUAUUCGCAAGAUGAUGGAAGAAUAUGAGGUGAACAUUGCUGUGCCCCCUCAUGAGGAGCAGUCUGAUACCAUCAGAGUUACAGGGCUGGUUGCCAAUCUGGACCGAGCCAGGGAUGGGCUAACUGAACGAGUCAAAGAGCUGCAGGCAGAGCAGGAAGACCGGGCUCUGAGAAGUUUCAAGUUGACCAUCUCUGUGGACCCCAAAUAUCAUCCAAAGAUCAUCGGCAGGAAGGGUGCGGUUAUCACUCAAAUUCGCAUCGACCAUGACGUCAACAUACAGUUCCCCGAUAAGAAUGAUGAAAACCAGGAUCAAAUUACCAUCACUGGAUAUGAGAAGAAUACUGAAACUGCCAAGGAAGCCAUCAUGAAGAUCGUGACUGAGCUGGAGGAUAUGGUGUCCGAAGACAUUACUCUCAGCCACCGUGUCCACGCCCGCAUCAUUGGUGCCCGCGGAAAGGCCAUCCGUAAAAUCAUGGAAGACUUCAAGGUUGACAUCCGUUUCCCUCAGUCUGGAGCGGAGGAUCCGGACCGUGUGACUGUGACCGGCCUACCUGAGAACGUAGAUGAGGCUAUUGACCAUCUGCUGAACCUGGAGGAGGAGUAUAUGUCUGAUGUUGUUGAGAACGAGGCAAUGCAGGCCUACAUGAAGCCAGCAUCCCGCAUGGAUGAGCCAAAGGCCCCUUCCAAGGGCUUUAUGGUGAGAGACGCCCCUUGGACCAGCAGCAGCACGGAAAAGGCUCCAGACGUGAGUAGCUCAGAAGACUUCCCAAGCUUUGGUGCUCCUGUUGCACCAAAGACUUCCCCUUGGGGACCGAAGAGAUUCUAACCUGGAAGAAGCCCUUUUCCUGUACCGCUGAACUGCCAAGAUGUGCUUCCUGUUUGAUUCCAGUUCAGCAGCCUAGCAAAUAAUUAGACUAGCAACUACUUCCUGUGUCAUGAUUGCUCCCCCUCCCCGCCAAAAAAACUGCAAUUGAAGGUCCUAUUUCACAGCCCGGUUUACAUUAAUUACCCCCCUUUAACUUCACAGCAUUCUGCAAAGCACCUGUCGAGCAUAGGCCAGUUAAAAUCUCACCUGGUACUGUGUCAGUGGCUGGUGUGCUUUGCGCAUCCAGAAAGACCCGUCCUAAUUGAACAAGUCUCACACCAUGGGCCUGCCAGCCAUGACUAUCCAUCUGGUUCAAUCCUCCCAUUUAAUUCAGAGUUUGGUUGAUACUUAGAGGAGGUUAAGGUGAGUAGAGUAUAGAAAGGGGAGCAUUGUAUCUAAGUAGGGCUUCUUAAGAGAACUACCUUUGCAGUUUUCCCUGGUAAAGUGCAAAUGCUUUAGCCUUUUAGUUGCCAUUGAGCCCCAGCCCCAUUUAACACUAGCCAUGGUUCCAAAUCUAGCGAGAUUCCGUCUUUCAUCCAUAGCAAGCAAACCAGGCUAGAUCGACUCGUUUGAUAACGGAAUCAAUUCCAAAUUGCAUGUAUUCACCAUUACCAAAGGGACAGUAGAUCCUCAUGAAUUGUGCUGGUGUAGAUUUCACCCCCUCAUCCCCCUGGAGUUCCUCUGCAUUCAUGACUCUUCUAUUGCAGAAUUGACUAUUGUGUAUGUGGUGACGUUUGUUACGUGACCCAGGACUAAAUGCUCUGAAUGAAACUCCCAAGCAGUGUGUAAAUGGAGCUCUGCUAAAUUAGAAUGACAGCUUAAGGGUACUGAGGGGUUAAAAUUAAAUUUUAAAAAAUAUAUCCAAGCCAAACAGGUUCCCUUAAAUGGUCCCAAAGCCAAAGAUGCAUUGGCAGCCGUGCAGUUAGCAUACAGCACAAAGCCAGCAGCCUCGCUGUCCUGCCAGUGUGCCAUUACUGCAGGGGGUGAGGCCCCAACACACAGGCUGCUCCCAUUACAACGACCCCUGGGUGGUACUUUUCACAAAAAAAUAAAGUUCUUUAUUGAAGGCAAACUAGAAAAUGUGCAUCCUUAUAAAGCUCAGACGAGUUGGAAUGCCAAAAUGGUUUUCAUGCUUGUUUACUGUAGGUUUUUCUAAUGUUUCUGGGCACUUUCCAUUGCACAUCAAAAGGCAUUCAAAUAUCUUCACUGUUUGUAUGUUAGACAUGCAAAUCCUCACAUAAAUGUUGUGUUCAGGCCAAUGGAUGCAUGCAUUGCAAUUAGCAUGGGAGGGGAAAAAUUACAGUAUGGAUCCUGUGACAUGGGAAUAUAAAAAAAAUACACUUUGUAUGUGUACCUAAAUUUAAACCGUACAGGUUGGGGGUGGGGGAGCGGUCUGCUCAAUCCCAUAAUCCUUGUGCUCAUGUGAAUUAGAAAGGGGGGAAAAAAAAGCAACAUCCCACCAACACUACAAGAUUUUGGCAGACACUGUGUGCCACAUUAAAUCUCAUAUGCUAAUGAUGUGCUGGAAUUUGGUUCCUAACCCGUUCCUGCACUGGGGAUAUUCCGCAGUAGAGUCUGCACUGUAUGUGUCUGAUCCUCUGACACUGUAAACCAAGAGGGAGGGAAGGGGAGCAGCUCGCACAGCUUAUGAAAGGGACGCUCUUCUCCUUUUAUAGCUCAGGCCUUGCCCACUAUCAGUAAUGUUGCUCCUGAUGUCUGGGGUCUCACUAUCUUCCUGUAAGGAGGUGGGAGUGGUGGUGGUCUUUAAAGAUUGGGGUGGUUUGAGAAACUCACCUCCUUCAAACCUAAAUGAAACACUAAGACAUUGAAACUGAAAUGUUCCUUAGGAGCUUGCCGGUGCUGCCAGUUCUCUUGCAACUUCCCUUAACUCUUGAGAGACUCUGCUACCAGAGCUGCAGCCACGAGCAUUGAAGCCAUUCACUAUCCAGACCUAGUUUCCACUCAUUUUUCAGUGUUUUCAAUUGUCAUAAUUCAAGGCCAGGCCACAUCUGCCUCCACGUUUCUCUUUUUUUUUUUACUGCCUAUGAUUCUAGUUUUACACUUUGUUUAAGACACCUUGCAGCCACUCCAGGGAUACAUUCAGUGGACAGUCAAUUGGAUUAUUCAAGCAUUUGUAACGCGCAUUCAAUUCACUUUAUUGACUUGAUGAUAACAAAAUCUGGGCCCCUGUUUGGGGAAAAUGGUGAUUUGGUUAGACCCUAUUUGGGACGAAAUCCCACCUGGGUCUAGAUUUAUGCUUCUAUGUAGCAUUUUUAAGAACGACAGAAAACAAACUUCAAAAUUAAGACUGAAUUCAACAAUUCGCCAAAUUCUGAACGUUCUUAAAAUCUACAUAAAAGUAUAAAUCUAGACAUAGAUAGAAUUUCUUCCCAUGUGUUUAGUUGAAAGCCUGCAGCAGGCAGUGCCCCUUGCACUAUGCAUAGAGCUGUAGCAGUAUUUAACCAGUUUUAUGCAUGAACGACAGUAUUAGAAUAGUAAUCUUUGCAUGUGGUAGAACAUUAACUGCCUCUCUCUGCUCCCGGAUGCUGCUUGUGUAGAUGUUCUGUUUGCUGGCACUUUAAGUACAAGGUGGGAUCUGCAUUGGACACUUAUGUGUGUACAGCUCUGGGAUCCACUUUGAAGGUUAGAUCAUUUAGAGAAAUGCACACAUCUUGGCAGAAUACUAGUUUGAUUUUUCAAAAAUCAGAUUUUCUUUGGCUAAUCUUCUCAGGGCCUUCAGUGUGAGACUUUCUCCUCUGACACACACAGAUAAAGUUGGGAACACGAGUUAUAGUCUGGUUAGCUUGACUUCCCUGAUCUGGACUGAGCAAGCCAUGGAAAUUAGGUCUUUCUAAGAUCACCAGGGCACUAUUGAGUUGUACAUUCUACAGGGUCUUAACAUACGACAAUCGCUAAAAAUGGCGAUCUUUUCUUUGUGUUUAUAAUGGGCUGUCCUCCAUUAUAAGCAAUGAAUAUUUUUUAAAAAUUGCUACUUUUUGGCAUCUGAUGUGUAAUAGACCCCAUCCCCCACAGCACAGUGUUGGCAGUUCAGCUGUGUUGUCAGCUGGUAAUGUGGCAGAUCCAGUGUAGGAUCAGUUGAAAUUCAUUAUGUAAAAGUACCAGAAAGUAAUAUGCCAGGCUUUUCCUCUUGUUUAAACCAGCAAUGUGCUGGUACCAUUCUUUCUUGCCCGCCCAAACUGCUACCUUCCUCUAAGGAUCGUAGCAUUGAAGGGUUUUUGAGAAACGAUGAGCGAUUUGGCACUGGCCUAUUUUCACUGCUCACGCCUGUUGAAGUCUUCCAUGUUGAUGCAAUACACAGAACAAGCAGUUUCCAUGUGAGACCAUUGGCCUUAACUCUGAAUGGAGAUAUGCAAAUGUACAGGAGAUAUGGAUGACACUGGAAUUUUAUAAAUCCAAAAUAAAAAAAAUUGAAUAAGUAGUA